AUGUGUGCUAUGUUAAUGGUUAUGCUACAAAAAGAAAAUCUUUGCCUAUAUGGAUUUCCAGUGAACAGUGGGAAGUCAAUUUACCAGCUGAAGAGAGCUCCAGAGCCUGCUCUGGGUAUUAACUUUGCCAGAGAUGGCAUGCAAGAAAAAGAUUGGCUAUCUCUAGUUGCUGUCCAUAGUGAUGCAUGGUUGCUUGCUGUUGCCUUCUACUUUGGUGCCAGAUUUGGUUUUGACACAAAGCUGAUAGGUACUGUCGUCCUGAGAAGCACUUCCAAAUGCGGGAUCACAAGUGCUGAGGUAGUGAUGAUAAGUGUGGGAGGGACAAGCACAAGCCAUGGCACUAGUGGUCCUGCCAAGGGCCAUGAGGACAACACAAAUUGA